AUGGCCAGGUCCCCGGCCCCACUCCUGCCCCAGGGCCUGCAGCCCCCGGCGGGACGUGCCCUUCUCCGGCACCGCCUCGGCGGCCUCGCCACCGCCACCUCCCCAGCCCUGUCUGCGGAGCCCCCCAGCCCAUCCCCGUGCCACCUGCGGGGCCAGAGGCCGUGCAACGGGGCUGAGCUGGGGCGGUGGGGGGGACCCGUGGGCAGGAAGGGUGCCGGGGGUCCCGGGGGCCCACGGCAGAGCGCCAGCGAGCGGGAGAAGCUGCGGAUGAGGCGGCUGGCGCAGGCGCUGCACCGGCUGCGGCACUACCUGCCGCCCGCGCUGGCACCCGCCGGGCAGAGCCUCACCAAGAUCGAGACCCUGCGCCUCGCCAUCCGCUACAUCGCCCACCUCUCGGCCCUGCUGGGGCUCAGCGAGGAGGCGCUGGCCCAGCGGCGGGGGGCGGCCCCCCGGCACUGCCCCCUCUGCCCCCAGGGCCUGGGCUGCUGCCAGCCCCCACGCCCUCGGCCGCCCCCCCCCGGCCCGGCCCCGUGGGACGCUUCGCCCCCCGGCACGGGGGUGUGGGGGUCACCCCCCGCGACGGAGACCCCCCUGGCGCUGCAGGAGGCUCCCGACAUGGGGACGGGGCCGUGGAGGUCACCCUCCUAUGGCCCAGCCUUGGAGACCCCCCUUCAGCUGCAUGGGACCCCUGGCUCAGUCUCAGGGUCCUGGUCAUCACCGCCGUGCAGCCUCGGAGCAGUGACCGCGCUGGAGCCACCCUGGAGCUGUGCAGCAGCCACAGGCACCGGGACAGUUCCCUCCUGCUGCUUGGAACCCUCAGCCCCUGCCCAGCCUCCCGGGGCAGGAUCGACGGCCACGGGGGUCCCUGCCCCCCCCACACUUGGCUCCCAGCUCAGCAGCCCAACUCCAGACUUGUUUCUCUCCUCCGACACUCCUGGAGCCCCCAUCCUGACCGGCUGCACCCCAGCACGGUGCUGGGGGUGGUGGAGCUGAUCCGGUGCCCACGACUGGCAAGGAAGCGCAGGGGGGGAAUGGCGCAGCGGUGCCACGGAGCGCCGUGGGGUGCUCGGGAAGGGCUGCUCAUUAAAGCUGCUGUGCACCACGGUGCCCUGCCUCGUUACUGUGGGGAUCCCACAUGCUGCGCCCCAGCAUGGGAAGGAGCUUGGGGCACCCCAGGGUGGGCUGCGGAGGGGCAAAGCUCAGCCAUCCCCCUCCCCACGCACACUCAUGCCCAGUCCCAGCCCACCCCAGAGACGCCUCCC